GUGAGACCGCGCCGCUCUCCCGCCUCUGGGCCUGUAUGUGUCAUGUCGAAUCAACGCGGCGGACCCUGACCCAAGUUCUGCGCUCACUUCCUUAGGGCGCCGCCUCGGUGUAGUUAUAAGGCUGCUCGGGGGUGUGGUGGGGCCGGUUCCGAUGUUCCGGCGAAGCGCUUCGGUACCGUAAUCGAUAAGCUUUGAUGCGGGAUGACUCGGGAGGUCCCUCGACGCUGUCACCCGGCUCUGUUGCUCUCUAAACGCAUUUGAUCAUGGCGGUCACGGUUCCAGAUAUCACAGUGGGCGUCCUUGCGCUGCAGGGGGCCUUUAGCGAGCAUGUGCAGCUUUUGCGACAAGCUGCGGCGGCUUUGCGGCAAAAGAAAGGCGUGGAUCUGAAGUGGGGGUUCAUUGAAGUACGCACGCCACAGGAGCUGGCACGAUGUGAAGGCUUGAUUAUUCCUGGUGGCGAGAGCACGACUAUGAGCCUCGUGGCCGCGAGGAGCGGCAUACUGGAGCCGCUGCGGGACUUUGUCAAAGUGCAGCGAAAGCCAACCUGGGGCACAUGCGCCGGCCUCAUCCUCCUUGCCGAGAGCGCGAACCGAACGAAGAAGGGUGGGCAGGAACUCAUCGGCGGUCUCGACGUACGAGUCAACAGGAAUCACUUCGGCCGCCAGCAGGAGAGCUUCCAGGCUAGCCUCAGCCUGCCCUUCCUCGGCGCGACCGCAGACAAGAGCGCCGACCAGCCAUACAGAUGCGUCUUCAUCCGCGCGCCAGUCGUGGAGAAGAUACUGCCGCAUGCACAGGGUGUACAGACGGAGGAGCAGGAGAAGGAUGAGACGGUCGUUGCGCCCAGCAAGACGCCUGGCGACGCGCUGGCCAAGGAGGAGGUAAGCAAAGACGUCGAAGUCAUGGCGACGCUGUCGUUCAAGACACCGGCGCUGCAGAAGGACCAUGAGCAUGAGCAUCCUGGAAAGGAAGACAUCAUUGCGGUACGGCAGGGCAAUGUCUUUGGCUGUAGCUUCCACCCUGAGCUGACCGAAGACGCGAGAAUACAUGUGUGGUGGCUGGAGGGGGUCCUCAAGGCGGCAGAGAGGAGGCAGGCGUUUGAGCUUGCGGACCGCACCAAGUAAGAGGCGCAAUGUCCUCGCAGCGCACAGCAUGAGCGAAGGCGUUUGGAAGACGGGCACUUUUCUUGUUAGAUGUAAUGUACCUAGACUGGGCUUAUGCUGUGCUCUUGCACGAAGCUCUCGUAGAUGUCACGAUAAACCGGACGACGCCAGACUCCUUUGAAUGCAGUGGGAAUCCUCCUCCUCUCCUUCUUCUUCUUCUUCUUCUUCUUCUUCUUCCUCUUCUUCUUCUUCCUCUUCUUCUUCUUCCUCUUCUUCUUCUUCCUCUUCUUCAUCCAUUUCUUCUUCUUAUUCAUCCCCUCUUCUUCUUCUUCUUCUUCUUCUUCUUCUUCUUCUUCUUCUUCUCCUCCUCCUCA